AUGUAUGGGAAGCUACCGAAACAACUUCUUCAUUUGAUAAAGACAUCAAAGUAUGUACAUAUAGCCACAUGUGGUAAUGAUUGUGCUCCAUCCGCAUCCCUUAUGAAUUACAUUUAUGUUCCAACUGAUUCAACAUUUGAGACGAGGGAUAAAAAUGAUUAUAUCAUUUUCGCAACAUCAAGAGACACGGAGAAAUACAUGAAUAUCCUAACAAACCCAACGGUGGCAUUAUUGUUUCAUGAUUGGGUCGCUGCAAAUAAUUUAUCCAUUCGGAAGCAUAGUAUCAAUGAGUACACAGAUGAAACCGCUAAUAAGGAAAAAUUAGAGAAUUUUCUCGAUGAAUUGGACGAUUCUGAAUUAAACCAAAUAAGUGCCACAAUUAAAGGCGAAGCAGAUUUUAUAAACCCCCUGGGACCAGAAUCAAAAUAUUAUAAGACUUUGUUAUUGAGAGCUAACCCUGAUGCAGAUGUGUUUAUUAAUGGAGAAAAUACUAUUCUGGUAAAGGUUAAAAUGAUCAGCGCCAAGAUUACAGACAGUAAUAGUAAUACAGUUACAUACGAUGAUAUGGGUAGAAUAAGAUAG